UCUCCGGAAGUGGGCUCAGAGCGGGCGAGAGGACCCGGGCUGACAGCCGGGAGGUCGGCAAGAGCGGCGAGGUUGACCGGUGGGUUCCCUCCGGCCAUGGAGGACGAGCUGAGCUUCUCGGAUAUUUACGGCGGCCGUCUGGCCCUGCAGCGCCGCUACUACUCCCCAUCCUGUCGGGAGUUCUGUCUCAGCUGCCCUCGGCUGUCCUUGCGCUCGCUCACCGCUGUCACCUGCACCGUGUGGCUUGCGGCCUACGGACUCUUCACCCUUUGCGAGAACAGCAUGAUCCUCUCUGCUGCCAUCUUCAUCACCCUCUUAGGCCUGCUUGGAUACCUGCAUUUUGUGAAGAUUGAUCAGGAGACUCUGUUAAUCAUUGAUUCCCUUGGCAUCCAGCUGACUUCAUCCUAUGCCUCUGGCAAAGAAAGCACCACCUUCAUUGAGAUGGGCAAGGUGAAGGAUGUUAUCAUUAAUGAGGCGAUUUACAUGCAGAAGGUGAUUUACUACCUCUGCAUUUUAUUGAACGAUCCAGUGGACCCACAUGGGAUAUCACAAGUAGUACCUGUCUUCCAGAGUGCCAAGCCCCGGCUGGACUGCUUGAUUGACGUGUACAGGAGCUGCCAGGAGAUCCUGGCACACCAGAAAGCUGCACCCACAAGCCCAUGAGUCCCAGCAUUCAGAAGGCCACGACUGUCUUCCAUGGGAAAUGACUGCUCAGCCCUAGGGAGUGGUGCGUUUUCUGUAUUCUAAGCAUCACAUGGACACACUCCUAGGAAGCAGGACGCACGCGGCGGAUCUCAGAGUGGUUGACUGGAAACCCAGCUCACUGUAUGGUGUUGAGCAGAGCAUUUCUGUGUAUUCAGUGCUCCCCUUGUAAGGUAUUGCCUACUUCCCCAACUGAGGGGAGACCUUAGAAAAUGGUAUGUCAAAGAUAAUGCUGACUAAAAGCACUUUGUGAAAUUCCUAAGCACAUUCAAGUUUACUUUUUGUUGAAAUUUGUGGAGCAAGACAAUGGGAAACUGGUAUCAGAUCUACUGAGGAAGACAAUUUCCAACUGUCUAGUAAAGUCAAGUCCUUCGGGUACUGGGUGAGCAGGAAGAAAUGUCCUCCAAAGCCAAGUCUCUGUCCACCUAGCUCCUGAGUCUGUACAGGGCCGAUUUAUGGCGACCCUCUUAAUAAACAGAUCUCCUCAAACACAAUCGCCUGUUCACAGACGGCUGUGUUUUAUUGGCAAACAUGGACGUGGCAUUCGUCAUGGCGUCAAGCACACUGAAGCUCUUCAUUACUCAGCAUUGUGUAUGGUUCCAAAAGCUGCUUUUGCCAAGAGAGAUGAGACAAAAAGGCCAGACAGAAAUUUGACUUUGGUUUCCAGGCGUGUUGAAGAAGGAUAAACAUGCAAACUACAGAAGCCUUUGUUUAUAAGGCAGUUCCUUCUAAGGGAGAAUUCAUAAAUUAAGGGAGAGUUCCUGAGGGCUGGGAAGGAGAUAAAGGUGGGGAAGUAGCUUGACCUCCAAAUUCAGUAUGAACACAGCUCCAUUCUUGGUUACUUUUUCUUCAGGAUCCCAAUGUUUUAAAAACUCUCAGGCAGAUAAUAUCCUCAUGGGCCUUAGAGACAUUUGGGGUACUACAAAGCCAGAGUCAUCAUUUCUGCCUUUUGCACAGUGCUGGAGGGGUCCUUCAGAAGCUUGUGGUACGUGAGACCCCUGGGCCUGUUUGAGGUAGAAGUGUUCCCACUAGAUCCCAAAUGCUGGGGGAAAGGCUGGCACAGAAGUGGGAGACAGCUAUAAAACUGCUAGCCUUACAAAGUCAAGUCCAUGUAAAAGGCAGACACUCUGACGUGCUGCUUUUUUAUUAUGCUUGUUGGUGUAAAGGAUGAGGGGAAGUGUACUGCAGCUGAGGUGCUCACAUAGACUAGUUCCAGCCAUGCAGUUUUACGUCGUACAACACACACACACACACACACACACACACACGGGAUUAAAAGCUUGGUUCUUGGACACUACUGCUAAAACCAUAGAGUUUCCAGCA